GCAUGAGGCAGAUGAUAGUAUUGAUUCAACGACUCAAAACGAAGUUUUGAAGUCAACGAAUUAAUCAUGAUUUCAAUCUUAAUCAAAAAUAAUCAUGAGCUUUACUACGUCCACAAUCGUCCGGCCCUCGCGGCGCUCCUCUGGUCAAUCGAUGCCAGGGAUAACUAUGCCUCGGGUCCAAACUCGGCCGGUAUGGACUCCGGCUCGUCUGCCCCCCAACCCCCAAUUGCGUAUAAGCAGCACUGACAAUGCACAAAAUGGAUCCAAGUAGGCCCAUUUUGUUGCUGAGGGGCAUUGAGGAGAACCUGGUUUUCAGUCUGCUAAAGGUUUGGGACCGGGUUGACUGUUGGGGGGAGCUCUUUAUGCUCAGGGUAAUUUGCCUUGAUGACGGCGACACGCCUUGACUACAAAGCGUUAUGUCGAUGCUUCAUGACAAAGACCGAUGAUGUCGCAUCUCAGUGCCCUUUGUUGGCCUAGUUCGGAGUGGUAAAAGAGCGUUUGUGAUCGUGGAGAAAUCCUGCCCCAAACUCGGAGCCCCGAGCUCCGAAAACAUCGCCCGAAGCAGAUAAAGCGAGGAGUGCGUACACGGCCCAGAGAUGAGCGCUGAGAGUCCCACCCUCGGGCCAGGAAACGACCUCCUCCCCCUUGAGAAGAUCCAACAUGGCAUCAAGGAGUUUUUUGCUCAACGGGGGAUGUUUGGCGACGAUGUGAAAGGUCGUCGGACUGGCCAGAAUAUGACUUACACUUUGAAGGACAAAGACAAAGAUGCCAAGAUCAACAAUAUCAUCAAGAGCAUCGUUGAGAAAAGCACCCUGGAUGUGGCCAACUUGAGGGAGCUGAUCACGCUCUGGGACAAGGAGGAGCGCGCCAUGUCUGACUCCUUCAUCGACGAGUCCUCCUACGGCGUGGUCACCCAGCAGAAGAUCAAGCAACACCUCAAGGAUUUCUUCUCCGAGCGGCUCAUGAUCGCGGAGCGGGAAGAGGGCAGGGAGGCCGGUGCCGCGUCGGCCCUCAAGAUAUUUGCGAGAACGAGCGCCAUGAAGAAGGCCCGAGACCCCGACAUUUUGGAUGUCGAGGAAGAGGAUGAUACCGGCAUCUUUGAGGAGGAAAUAAGUGCCUCCUCCGAUGAGCAACAGACUCAUCUGGAUGACUUUUCUCAGACAUUAGAGAGCCCACUUUCUCCCAAUUCGUCGACCGGCGCCUCACCCACUUGCUUCAUCGACAAGGCCAAAGAUUUGAUUAGCCAAGUUGUCAAUCCCGUUGUUAACACCAUCGACACGGCCAGCAAAACAAUUGUUGAGAAAAUGAAGUCGACCUUACAGAAAACAAUGGGGCCUCACCAUUCGGAGAGGGAGACGGAGGAGGGAUGCUGUGUCUCAGAGAGAGAAUCAACAGCCAGCCUCUCGCCCGCAUCAGAGGAAAACUGGACGCCAAAUCUGGCCGCUUUUUUCUCAUCGGCUGCUUCGCCGGGGACGAGUGACCGCAAAGAUGAGAGGCCGCUAGACCCAGACAUCUUGGGUCAAGUGGCAACAGAGGAGACGUGUCACGCUGCUGACCUGUUGGAAGAAGCAGCGGUCUCCCCACUGAGGGAUCCGGAAACUGACAAUCAGGCCACAUGUGCUCCGGGCAACUUGGACGACACCAGUGAACUGACUCUCUUUGACGAUCCUUUAAGAAUUUCAACGGAAUCGCUUGGGAGCACAAGUACAGCAAGUAACCUCGAUCACGACAUGGUUGAAAUUUUAUCAGUGGGUCGUCAAGAUUCACCGGAGCGUAGAACCCCCGCAGCCCCCGCUUCUGAUGGCAACAAAUCACCAGACGCACUGGAGGAAAAGAUGCGCUUAUCGGAUGAAGAAGCCCCGACUGAUCUUGAGUUGACAGAAGAUGGGAUAGCAAAGAGGUCUUCACCUGAAUCCGUAAAUGCUGAACUUGCGUUGCCAGAAGACGGAGUAGAAAAGAGAUAUUCACCAGAAGCAGUCGAUGCUGAUCUUGAGUCGCCAGAAGACAUUAUAGCCAAGAGGGUUUCAUCAGAAGUAGAUGAUGAUCAUGGGUUGCCAGAAGACAUGCUAGCAAUGACGUAUUCACCCCAAAAAGUAGAGAUUGAGCCGAUGACGCCAGAAGACUACGUACAAAAGAGGUCUUCGUCAGAAACAUCGGAUGCCGAUCUUAAGUGGCCAGAGGACGUUGUUAUCGAGAGGCCUUCGUCAGAAGCAGUAGAAGAUGAUCUGAACUUGGCAGGAGACCAGGUAGCGUGUGGGCAUUCACCAGUGGAAGUGGUAGAUGGUGACCGUCAGUGGCCAGAAGACAUGGUAAGAAAAGGGUCUUCAUCAGAAGCACUCUGUGCAGAUCUUAAGUCACCAGAAGACCCGGUAGCAACGAGACCAUCCAAAGAAGCUGAAGAUGCUGAUAUUGAGUGGCCUGAAGACACGGUCGAAAAUAUAAUUUCAUUAGAGAUGGUAGACACUGAUCCUGAGUGGCAAGGUGCCCUGUUAGCAAAGAGGACUUCAGUUGAAUUAGUAGAUGCUGAUCCCAAGGGGGAAGAUGACCCAAUGGCAAAGAAGCUUUCAUUAGAACUAGAAGAUAGUUAUCUUCAGUGGCCAGAAGAUAGCCUCGCAAAAACAUCUUCAUUUGAACUAGGAACAAAUGCCGAUCUAGACGGCCAAGAUGUCAAAGUAGCGAGAAUGUCUUCAUCAGAAGCAGAUAGUGAUUUUCAGGGGCCAGAGGAUAAGCUAGCGAAGAGGCAUUCGUUAGAAUUGGUUGUAAAUGCUGACCUUGAGUGGCUAGAAGACAAGAUCACGAAGAGAUCAUCUGAAACAGCCGGAGAGGAUGAUCUCAAGUCGCCCGAAGACAGGGAAGCGAAGCUGCCUUCAUCAGAAUCAGCAGUUGACGCUGAAACUCAACUGUCCGAGGACCAGGAAGUAAGGAAGCCUCUGGUGGAAAAUGUAGUAGAUGCUGCUCUUCAAUCGUUUGAUGUCAAGAGGCCUUCAUCAGAAGCUGACGCUGAUCCUCAAUUGUCUGAGGAAGAGGAAGCAAGGAAGCGUCUUUUGGAAGUAGCAGUUGAUGCUACGCUUCCUUUGUUUGAUGUAAAGAGCCCGUCAGUCGGAACACUACAAGAUGUUGAUGCUAAAUCGCCAGAAGGCAGGGGGUCGGUGAUGUCUUUUAAUGAAGCGGCAGCUGAGAUUGACACAAGCUUGUCGGACGACAUGCUAGCCAAGACGCCAUCAGCCGAAGCCAUUUUGGACCUUUUGUCUGUAGAGGUUAAACCUGACCGGUCAGAAGACAGGCUAUCUGGGAAGUCUUUAUCUCCGGCAGAAGUAAGGGCUGUCCCUAAAUGGUCAGAAGACAGGCUAUCUGGGAAGUCUUUAUCGCCGGUAGAAUUAAGGGCUGUUUCUAAAUGGUCAGAAGACAGGCUAUCUGGGAAGUCUUUAUCCCCGGCAGAAGUUGGGGUUGUAACUAAAUUGUCAGAAGACAAGGUGUCAAGGAGGUCUUCAUCCAAAUCGGCAGUAGAUGUUCGGAAACUGUCGGAGAGUAGGGUAUCAAGCAGGUCUUCAUCCCAAGCGGCAGUAGAAGGUCGGAAAUUAUCAGAGGACAGGAUAUCAAGGAGGUCUUCAUCAAAAGCAGCAGUUGAUGCCAUUUCUAAAUUGUCAGAAGACAGGAAGUCCAGGAGGUCCUCAUCUCGGACAACAGUCGAUGCCGUCUCAAAAUUGUCAGAAGACAGGAUAUCCAGGAGGUCCUCAUCUCUGGCGGCAGUCGAUGCCGUCUCGAAACUGUCAAGGAGGUCCUCAUCAAAACUGGUGGGAGAACUUGAGCUGAAAUUGUCCAAAGACAGGCUAUCCAGCAAGUCUUCAUCUGAAGCGGUACUCGGCAUUGACAUCAAAUUUUCAGAGCAGGAACUUUCAUCCGAAGAGACGGCCGACCUGGAAAAGACAUCACCAGCGCAACGUCAAACCAGGUCAUCCCUUUGGAAGAGGUGGAAAAUAAUGCGUCCGAGGAGGAUCCAGCCACUUCUGGAGGACUGUCCCAGUGCCAUCAUGGAUUGCAUUGGAGCAAAACCGGCUAUUAGGCCUAUUUUCAAAAAAGUCAAGUCAAUGUGGAAGACUCACUAUGGCCGGAGGAAGAGCAAGAGAGUAAAAGGGAAAGGCGAGAGAAAAGGCGCGAGACCUCUACAUGCAAACGUCCUGGACGAAGGUGCGAGGGAGGCUUCCGCCUCGUCUAUCAUCUCAGUCGAGUUGCCGCCCAGCGAUGAGGAGGAGGACGAGUGCACGAGGGCCAAAUCCAUCCAGUCAAUGGAGGAUGCCCAUGACAUCCACAGCUUCUUUGAGAACAUGUUUAAGAAGGAGUUUUCCAAAAGGUUAGAAAAAUCCCUGAAAAGGGGGCUCUUGGACGUGGUCAACGAUUACGUCCCUGAAAAAGCUUUACCGAGCUCGGCAGAUAAACUCGCAAAGCAGUAGCAGACCUCAAGAAAAGAUCCCCUCAGUUUUAGUGGAGGAUUUUAAUGGUGACGACAACUGACAGUCCACUGACUCUACUUGUGUAAAGUAUCAGAUUUACAUGUCGUCGUAUUCCAAUAAAAAUUGAAUUUUCAGGU